AUGGCAGGCGGGUACUCUGAAGCCAGGCAGAAUAAGCCCGCACUGGUCAGCUUGCACACGUCCGCUGGCACUGGAAACGCGAUGGGCACCAUUGUGACAGCCUUCUUGACCAAGAUCCCGCUCGUCAUCGUUGCAGGGCAGCAAACACGAGAAAUGCUUAUCGGCGAGCCAAUGCUUGCAAAUCGAGAGGCAGCAACCCUCCCGAGGCCGUAUAUCAAAUGCCCACCAAUGGGCCCGGUGUACAUCUCGGUGCCACUUGAUGAUUGGGACGUGCCGUACACGAGACCUGUCAUUCCAAGAUCAGUCAGCACACGCUUCGGACCUGACCCAGAACGUCUGAAGCAAUUUGCAGAGCGAAUUCACAAAGCACAAAGACCAGCUUUGGUGCUGGGAGCGGAAGUGGACAAAGCGUUGGCCUGGGAUACGGCUGUCGCGGUCGCAGAAUUGCUCGCGUGCCCAGUCUUCCAGGCCCCCAUGUGCGAAAGAGCUGUGUUUCCAGAGACGCAUGAACAGCACCACGGGCCGUUACCUACCGCUCGAGGACCGCUCGCACAAUAUUUGGACGGAUUUGACCUUGUCAUCGUCAUCGGCGCUGAAGUCUUUCGGUACUAUCCAUGGGUUGCUGGUCCUGUGCUGGUGGAUGGAACAGAGCUUCUCCACAUAACGAACGAUCCAAACGAUGCUGCGAAGGCUCUUAUCUGCGACAGUCUCCUUUCUGACGCUGGGUUGGCCCUGAACGGACUGCACAGUCUGCUUAAGUCCUUGGGAACGUCGAAACAGUUGACAAAGCACUACUCGCACCACGAAAAUGUCCUGAGCAAGUCCAAGCAGAACACAUCAUCUGGCUCUCUGAUGACACCCCUCGAAGCUUUCAGCGCAGUGGCUGAGAUCCGUCCCUCAGACACCCUUCUGGUCCAUGAAACGCCUUCGAGCACCGCUGAUCUUGUGCAAGCUUGGCCUAGUACAGAACCCGAGACCUGCUUCACGUUCGCAAGCGGUGGCUUGGGCUGGAACAUGCCUGCAGCUGUUGGCGUUGCAGUGGCUCAGAAGACGAUCUCGAGCGGUCGACUCACAGUCCUAGUUGUCGGCGACGGCUCUUUCCAGUACUCACUGCAAUGCUUAUAUACUGCAGUGCAGAAUCAGCUGAGACUGAUUGUCCUUGUACCCGUGAAUGAAGAGUACGCCGUGCUGAAGGAGUUUGCGGUACUCGAGGAGACGCCGAGGGUUCCACAUCUGGACAUACCGGGUCUGGACAUCUCUGCGAGCGCUCGCUCGUGGGGUUGCUCGACGUUCAAAGCUCUGAAUCGGGAUGAACUGCAACGCCAUUUCCGUACAGCUUUGACGACCCAGGGGCCAGUCGUCAUCGAGUUCCCAGUCGAUCGCACGCUACGUCCGCUGGUAGCGCAGACACUUUCGAGAGGGUAG